AUGUUAUCGGAUACCGAUAAAAAUUGGCUUCAUCGAUCAGAUCUUCAAAUUUCUUUUCGCGUUAUUGCGGUUGAUAUUAAUACAAGUACUUUUAAACAAAUAAUCUUUGUUACCACAAGAGUAAUUAAAUCAUUUAUGGCUACUAGAAAACAAAAGACACUAUUUAGCAUAGGUGUCUACUAUAUUCUAUUUGUAGAAAUUUUAACAUUAUUAGUAUUAAGAUGUCCAGCACAUCAAGAACAUUUCGAUAAGGAGAAACAAUUCUUUGCAGACCUUGCAGCUUCGAUUCACAGUCAAAUUGAACAAUUGGCACAAGGUACACAUGCCAAGCAACAACACGAACAACAACAACAAGAAACUAUCCCAACCAUCUCAUUCCCACCCAACAACAACCAACUCACACAAGAAGACUAUGGCGACGGGCCGGCCGGGGCGAGUAGACUUCCCCUCAGUGUAGGGGGAGGAGGGGAGAGUAGCAUUACUCCUCUCGCAGAGAUGAUACCACCAAUGCACCCAAAACUUGAUAGUUUGGUAAAGGGUAUCUUUGGAGAGGGAGUUCCUCUCAACUUUACGUUUGACUUUGAAAACUCGACAGUCAGCGUUCCACUAUCAAUGGUUGCUCAAAACCUAAACAUCUCUGAUGUACAUAUGUACUCGCCAAUGACAAACUUCCCCUUGGAGUUUGUAUCACACAAUAUGACAUACAACAUUUCAAUCUCUGCAGCUUCCAUCCCAAUGGGCAUUGAAUUGCAUCCCGAAAACUCAACCAUCCCGCUUACACUCAGUAUCGACGGCAACAACAACAUCCCAGUGACGUUGAACGUCCAAAAACUCGAGUCUCCUCUACUCAACUAUGUCGCCUUUGGUAUCAUGGGUGGUCUCAAUGUAUUGGCACUCCUCAUGAUUGUCAUUCAACAGUUUUCAAUCAGCAAGCUUCGUAGACGUGUCGACGCAAUCGAUGUGUGCAACGAAGUGGCAAGUGGAAAACGUGUCAGGGUUGGUAACGCCUGGCACCGUUCUAUCAAUGGUGAAUCUGGUCGAUCACACCAUGAAAUAGAUCCACUCUUGUCACAUAGAAAUAUCGUAAAUGAAGACGACUCUUCUUCAUCCUCCUCCUCCUCCUCCCCAACAAAAUCACUUUCAAAUCAUUGUACAAUGUGUACUACAUGUGGUCAAGUCAAUGGAAAGACACCAUUCUGUUUUAAUUGUGGUACUAAAUUAUCGUCACCAUCUUUGGAUGAUUCAUCAAUUAAUAUGGCUGGUAUUAGAUCAUAA